AUGCCUACGCUUCUUGGAAAGCAAGUCGGCUCUACAGGCUACGGAACCAUGCGCAUGACAUGGAACCCCAUCCCUCCCUCCAAAGAAACCUGCUUAGAAACCCUCAACACCGCUCUCGAGCUCGGCGCCAACUUCUGGAACGGCGGCGAAAUCUACGGAACAUCGAGCUACAACUCGUGCCACUUGCUACAAGCUUAUUUUGAGAAAUAUCCUCAGAACGCGGACAAAGUCGUUCUUAGUAUUAAGGGCGGCACUGUCAAGGACGGACUGCAGCCAGAUGGCUCCGAGGAAAAUAUACGUCGCAGUGUUGACGACUGUUUGAAGGUUUUGAAGGGCACGAAGAAGAUUGAUAUCUUUGAGUGUGCCCGUCAGGAUCCUAAUACUACGGUUGAGCAGACGGUGACGAUUCUUGCUAAGUUGAUUGAGGAGGGGAAGAUUGGAGGUAUUGGUCUUAGUGAAGUUGAUGCUGAGACUAUCCGACGAGCACACAAGGUCCACCCCAUCUCCGCCGUGGAGGUAGAACUAUCCCUCUGGUCUCUCGACAUCCUCGAAAACGACGUUGCCAAAACCUGCGCCGAACUCAGCAUCCCCGUCAUCGCAUACUCGCCUCUAGGUCGAGGCGCAUUCACCGGCGAAAUCGCCAACUUGGCUGAUAUCCCCAAGGGCGACUUCCGGCGCCACGUCCCCAAGUUCCAGGAUGGCAACUACGAGCAUAAUCUGAAGCUUAUUCACGAGGUUGUGGAUUUGGCUAAGAAGAAGAAUGUGGCUCCGGCACAGAUUGCGCUGGCCUGGGUAAGAAGUUUGAGUAAUAAGACUGGCCUGCCUACCAUCAUCCCGAUUCCAGGUGGAACAACCAAGGAUAAAGUCACUCAGAACAUGCAGGGUGUUGAGACGCUGACGGAUGAGGAGAUGGCGGAGAUUGAUGCGCUGUUGAAGAAGCACGAGGUCAAGGGGACUCGCUACUAG